GUAUUUUCUCGUAUCGGCAAACAGAAACGUCCCGUCGCCUCCUUCGCACGCAGUACUGUCGCGAUUUUAGCUGCUGGUUUGCUUAGUUUUCUCCUCCACCAUAAAUCGCAUAUCAUACCGCAUACAAAUUGACCAUUGACGAGUGAUUUAGUGACCGUGGUGAAUUUACAGAUAGUUGUGAUUUGAAAAAAAACCAUAAAUCUUCGCUAAGCAAGCAGCUUUCUUUUUCGUAAACGCUUUCGCCCAAGGCUUCGCUUUUGCACCUGCAGCACAUAACUCCUGGUCGGUUGAAAGUUUCGGCCAAAAAUCACCAACGCUAGGGGGUGAAGAUAAUUAGAAGAAAAACUUAAUUUACAAUGUCAAGGCUCAUCGUGAAUACGGCUUAUCUGGACGAAGCGAACGGCAACACGCUACUGAGCAAUCCGGUAAUUACACCGACGGUAGAUCACACCGUUGCCGGACCCACGGAAACCCUAAUCAUUCAAUCGCCAUCGAACGAUGACCUCAGCCAGAGCCUUUCCGAGUACACGGAUGCCGACGAGAGCAUUUCAGCACCAACCGAGCUGUUGGCGGAGUUUCUGUCGGCGGUGAUGUUGCGUGAUUACGUGAAUGCCCUGAAAUAUUGCAAAUUAAUUCUGCAGUAUGAGCCCAAUAACAGCACGGCCAGAGAUUUCUAUCCACAUAUCCUGUCGAAGCUCGCCUCGGAAGCCGGAACCGAGCAACAGUCGGGGGAGAGUGACGAAAAUUACAACUUCAACUGUAGCACCUCGUCGUCCAACUCGGAAGGGGACAUCGACAUCGACGAGGUAGUGAUGAUCUGUAGCAGUGACAGUGAACAAUCCUCCAACUGUAGCUCCUUUCUGGACUAUUCUAACGAGAGCAGUAGUGCCAGCGAUGAGGAACUGAUGAACGAGAAGGUCCUAAAUCAGAUGAACUGCAACAGUACUACCGACCAGUCCGAUCAGCUGCCGCCGUCGCAAUCAGCAACCGAUAACAACACUUCGCACUCGUAUUCGAGUUUACUGUUGGAGGAGGAGGAAAAGGAUCUUUCGCUCUCCGAUGUCUCCAAUUUAAACAUUGAGGAGGACGAGAAUGGUGAUGAUUCAGGAGAUGGUCCACAAAAUGCUCACCCAGCCUCGACAUUUGCAACCCAAUCAUCAGCUCAAACAGUAAAAGCUCAACCCCAGCCCCAAUCCCAGCAGCAUGCUCAGAAGCAACCGCAGACGACCAGUACGCCGCUUGCUUCCAAGCUGGUGGCCAUGUUGCGGGCCCGAGUUAUACCCUCGAAAUCCACUAACAACGACUAGACAACCUCGGGCUAACCUCCCGAUGGAUGUUUUGUCGUUUUUUCGCAGUAGACAUUCGCGUAUACAAAUGCCACGCGGUACCUGUAGGCCUUACUGAGAAACAGUUAUUUAUCGUCCUUUUACUUCUAAACUCUGAUAUCAUAUAGUCAUAUAGAUGAUUGGUUAUUGCCGAAAAGUCCUAUGCUAUAAUGACCUAAAGGAUAUGCUUUUCUGUAUCAGUUCGAAGAGAUGGCCUGUGUUAAGCCAAAGAGGACCAAGCGCCAUUUUGAGGUACUUUAUCUAAAAUCGCUCCAUCAUCCAAUGUAACACCAGGAACUCUAAUAUCUAUUAUGUUUUGGGAACCCAAAUAGCAAACGAAACCAAGCAAGUGUUCUCUAACUUUCUAUGUAAAUGAUAAGUUAUCGAAAAAUUAAUUUUGGUACGAAAAAUACACGAAAAAAAUUAUGGCGCUUAGCUCGGUUUGGCUUAACGCAGGCCAGAUAAUCAACGAGAGACCAACUUCUUACGCCGAUUGUAGAACCAUUUUUAGGUGCGUUUACAGGAAUUAUCCCUACUCAGAAUGAAUACUGAGUGAGAUGAUAGAAACAUGACUGACUUAACCCCGUUUGCUGUUUGCAAUUGGGAGGAAAACCCUAGAAACCGUAUGAUACACGAACCCUGAUUCUAAUUGUCAUUGUACAGAUCCCGCCGGGAAAUCUGCGGCUCAGCGAAAAAGCUAUUAACCGCGUAGAUUAGGACCAGUGUAUAAUGAAACCAUUCAAAAAAAAAUUUGCACUAUGUUUUGUCGGUAGUGACUGUUAGAAAGUAAGAUCGAUCACUUUGAUUUUUGAUCGCACAUAUCUAGAGUAACUGAUUCCUUGAGUGAGUUUACGCUGUUGGGAGAAUACCAUCCUACAUACACACCAACACACAUACAAACACACACAUUUUAAAAACCCAACAUUUCGGACACUAACGAAAGCAGGAUAACUUAAUUGGUUCUGAUUCUUUUCUUCUCUUUAUCAUUCCUUUGGAUUCCCAGAUAAGGUCCAGUGUUAGAUAAAUUCAAGCAGAAUUGUUCCAACGUCUAAAAUGUACAAACCGUUGGCAAACAAAAUAAUAAAAUAGCAUAGGAGCGGUUGUUUGCUUAUUUGGAUACAAAGAUAAAGCAUUAACGAUAACGACCUAACAACAAGUUCCACGUUGUAAACUGUAUGUGUGUAAAAUCAAAGUGUGCAAUAAAGCAGUUGAUAACAGCA